AUGGAUUAUUUGGAUAACGAUACCUCUUGGUAUAACAGUGUAAUUGACGGCCAGCUUUCAAAAAAUUUAUCAAAAUAUAAUCAAUUAUUGGAUAAAUUGUCUACGGAUUCACAAGUUAGUAAAUUACAGAAGCUUUUAUUAGAUGAUUCUAAACAGCAGAUCCAAAAUUUAAAUACUUUUAUUAUUGAUUCACAAAGUUUGAAUAAUAAAAAAAUUAGAAAACUAGAAUUAUUAAGAACUGAUUUAACUACUACUUUAUCGAACUAUCAUAACUCAUUGACAAAUGUAUCAAAUUCAAAUAAUAUAGCUAAAAAUAUUAAUUUUGAUAUAUCCAAGAUUGAUAAUGAAAAACAUUUAGUUAAUAAAACUUUAUCUUUCCUAUCUGAUAUAAAAAUAUUGAAAAAUAAUAUUUCAAUUAUAUUUUAUGCUUUGAAUGAAAAAAAUUAUGAACUAGCAGCAAAAUCCAUAAAUGAAAUCAGAAAGUUACCACCAAAGAUAAUUAAUUCAAAAUUUGCCUCAAAAGUUGUACCAUCAGGUGAAAUACCUGAUGAACCUUCAAUCUUAGUAGAUAGAUGGUGCGAUGAAUUAACACAAUUAUUUAAAGAUAAAUUCAAUACUGCUGCAAAAACUCAGGAUAUUGAAGAAUUGACUUUAAUGUUUAAAAUGUUUCCUAUGGUUGGUCAAAAUGAUCUAGGUUUAGAAUUGUAUUCAAAGUAUGUUUGUGAUAUCAUCGCUGAUGAAAGUAGGAAAUUAAUGACAUCCAGUGGUAACAAUAACCUAGAAGAAUCUUUGAAGAGACCCGGAUUUUAUUCUCAAGUAUUGUUACAUUUAUUUAAAAUCGUUUCAACCAUCAUCAACGAACAUUCAAAAAUUAUUGCUGGUUCAUAUGGUAAGCAUCACAUGUCUCAUAUAAUGGAAAAAGUUCAAAAAGAAGCUGAUCUACAAGCAGGAUUAAUAUUAGACAUAUUUAUGGAGACUAAGAAUCUAAACCACCUAGUUUCUGAUAUUAAUGAAUGGAAUCAAUUGCAACAGAAGAUUGCUCAGAGAGAUUCAUUGAGAAGGAAAAACUUAAAUUACAACCAAAAUGACAAUUACCAAAGUGAUGAUGAUUUAGCUAAUGAAAUCAGUGAUAUUCCAGAUAUAUCGAUUAAUGAUAUCUCAAUUUUAAUCAACGAGUUCUCACAAAUCCUACAAAAUUGGUCAAUGUAUUCCAGAUUCUAUUCGGUUAGAUGGAAUGAAUUUAAUGAUAUAGAAACAAUCGUAUUGACUAUUCCACCGUCCAUCUCAGAAGGUCAAUUUACUGCAAAAUUGCAACAAGAUGGAUUUUUAAAUUCAUUUGAGACUAUCGUUCUCUAUCAUUUGAACAGAUCAUUUAACAAUUCAAUUUCUAUAGAAGAAUUACCUUCGAUUAAUGAUAUUAUUCAACAAAGAACAACAGUGAGAAAACAUAAAGAAGUUUCAUCAUACCCAAUAUCUUCAGUUUUGGAAGACUUAAUCCUAUUGAUUAGAAAAAAUUUGAUUGUUACUGUCAACACAGGCCAAUUCACAUUAUUAUCACAUUUCUUAGAUCAGUUAGCUAAGUUUAUUCAAAAUCAAUAUUUGGUUAAAUUUUUACAAAAUAAAUUUAAGACUUUACAGAAAAGGUUAAACGCUUCAUUAAGUUUAAAAUUAUAUUCACCUAAAGACGAGGGUGCUGCUACUAAUAUUUCUCAAUCAUCAAAAUCAUCAUCAUUAUUAUCUCAUGAUUAUUCUAGUACGAAAUUAUCAAAGUUGGGAUUUGAUUUCAGAGGGGCAGCUGCUAGUGCAUUUACAAACAUUCAAUCUAAUAUCCAAGCCGUUGUAUCUGAUGAAGAUGGUGUACUAUCUCUACAUCAUUAUUUGAUAUAUGUCAAUACUCUAUAUUUGAAUGUUGUAUUUAUUCAUAAAAUUCUAUCCGUUGAAAUCUUGGAAGAUAAUCCAAGAAUGAUGAAGGAUAAUUUCCCAUUUAAUAAUGAUGCAAAAGAAUUAAUUGAAAAAAUCAAAGCCUGUGAAAGUUUAGUCAAAUCACAAAAUGAAAAAUUACAAAAAUGGUCAAUUAAGUAUUUAUUUGAAAAUGUUAUUAAACCAAAAAUUAAUACAAUGACAAAUAAUUUAUUUGUAAACGGGAAUGAAAAUACAUAUAUAUCAGGAACCGACAGUUUUGAAGAUUUAUCAAAAAUCAAUGAAUUUAUACAAAAAUGGAAAUCUUUCAUAAUACCAUAUCAAAACGUUUUGUAUGAUGAUGCAUUCACCGAGUUAUUAACAUUUAUUGUUAACCAUAUUGUUCAAACGAUUCAACAAAAGAUAUGGACUUUACAUGUUAACGAUUUAGGUGCCACGAAAUUAGAUCGUGAAUUAAGUCUAUUUAUUUCUACUAUAUGUGAUAUGAACUACAUGUUAAGAGAAAAAUUCAUUACACUAACCCAAAUAGUAUUAAUUGUUGGGUUUGACGAUGAUGAUUUCAACCAGGAAUCAAAUGACGUCAAAGAAGAAAUAGCAAAUAGUAUUAAUUGGGUUUUAACUACUCAAGAACGUAUUAGAGCAAGAAAUUUAAAAGUAGAUAAAAGACAUUAA